AUGGAGUCAGGCCACCGCGGCCUUCCGCCUCUCUUCGGUGCCUUCACUGCUGCGGUGCUUCUGUUCCUCUCCCUCUCUGGCUCGGUGGAAGGGGUGCGGCUGUAUGGCGGUGGAACGUCAACCACGCUCAACGUGUGGAACGCGUGGGUGCGGGCCUACACCUACACCCGCGAUGACGUGCACUCGCUCGGCACCACCCAGGCCUUGCGCACCUACGCCGCCGGCAACGCCGACUUCAUGAGCCUGGAUCGGGCCAUUCCCGAGGACCAAGUGGGCCUCUAUGGCGACCUGGCCCAGUUUCCCAUCGCCGGCCAGGCCCUGGUCCUGGCCUACAGCAUCUCCACACUCAACUCCACCGACCCUCUCCUGGAACACCACUGGGCGCAUCUGUGGGACGACGAAGCGAUCAAGGCUCUCAACCCUGCCCUAGCCGAAAAGCUUCCGGCGGUGAACAUCACCCUGGGCUAUUCGGACAACACAGUGAUCAGCGUGCCCGAGGUUUUCAAGCUCGCGCUCUCCAGCUUCAGCGCGCGCUUCGCCGAGGAACUGGCGGCCUCGCCCGGUCGCAAUUUCUCGAACAUGCCGCCCGCCCUGCGAGGCACCGGCGUCAACGCCGGCAUCAGCUCGCUCACCCGCGCCAACUGGCUCAAGACGCAGACGGAAGCGCUGACCUUUGUAAACUACUUUGACGCUGUGGCCGGAGGGCUCAAGUGGGCUCAGAUGUACAAUCGAGAGAACGUCCUGGUACAGGCCUCGACGGCCAGCGUGCAGUCGGCGAUGGCGGCGUUUCUGCCCGCGUUCGGCCAGAGCAACUUCACCGUAGAUAUCUACGACGCCGUGGGGCACACCAGCUGGCCCAUCUCCUACCUCUCCUACUUCUCCAUGGGCCGCAACGUCACCGUGUUCGACUGCAACGUCAUUCGCGAGCUGCUCAACUUUGUGGCCUGGAUCCACACCAACGACGGCGCCUCUCAAGCGUUGAUCGAACUCAACUUUGUGCCGCUCGAUGUGACGCUGCGCAAGCGUCUCAUUGAUCUGCUCAACACGGUCGUAUGCAACAAUAGGCAGGUGUAUACAACCGACUAUCUGGUGGGGGUCGGGCCGUCCCUGCCCCUCUACACCGCGUGGGCCGUGGCGCGCAGCUCGACCGACAUCAAGGUCAAGUACUACCUGGCCUCCGCCUCCACCGAGGCCGCGCAGCAGCUGGCCUCCUACGACACGGACUUCGGGGCGACCGACAGCGGUCUCCCGGCGUCCUGGCAUUCGCUUGCUCCCGAUAUCGCUCUCCUUCCCAUCACCGCCUAUGCCGCAGUCCCCGGCUACAACCUGCCCGAACUCUCAGGAAAGACGUUGGUGCUCGACUUCGAGACAAUCGCUGCCAUCUAUCUCAACGACAUCACCUCUUGGAAUGACACGAGGAUCAAGGACCUCAACACGGCCGAGGUCGCGGGUCUCCUGCCCAACCGCUCUAUUCUGGUGUGCACCCAGUCCACGUCGUCGGAGACCACGACCCUCUUCACGUCGGUCCUGAGCGCCACUGUGCCCGAAUUUGCAGCCGUGGUGACCAGCGGACCCAUGGCCACAUUUCCGGUGCAACAGUUCGGCGGCAAUCGGUCGCUCGUGGCCAAUUCCACAGACAACCUCAUGACGCAGCUCAUCUCCACCUCGUACGCGUUCGGCUUCGCGCGGCUGUACGACAUCAAGCUGUCCAAAUACCUGGACGCUGCGUCGCUCAUCAACCCGGCCGGGUAUGCGGUGGCCGCCGAUACCCACUCCGUCGUCAGCGCUGUCAAGGACUACCUCGCCAACGGAACCGAUCCUUCCUACAGCUCCCUCUCACUCGGUCCGGGUAACGGGAGCUGGCCGAUGGCCACGUUCGGCUCCUUCUUUUACCGCCAGACCAACAUGAAGGACUGUUCCAAGGCUGCAGCCCUGGCCUCCUUCUUCUACUGGACGCAGACCGAUCCCAUAGCUACUGACCUCGCAGAGACGCAAGGGUUUAUUCUGUCGACCUCGGCCGAGCCCAUCAAGCGGCAGUUCCUCACCCUGCUCAAGAACUUCACGUGCGACAACGUGCAGGUGAGCAGCCUCGCCGUCUGCAUCAACGACGGCCAGCUGUGCUCCGACGCCGGCUACUGCGCCACCAACGGCUGCGUGUGCAACACCGACCGCAUGGGCACCUACUGCCAGGACUUCAUUCCCGUGGACGACGCCAGCAACGACGCCCUCAUCAUCGGCCUGAGCGUGGCACUGCCAGUCGCAGCGGUGGUGUUGGUGCUGCUGGCCUGCAUCGUGCUGCUCCUGCUGAUGAUGGUCCUGCGACGGAGGGAGCAAGACGGCUGGGAGAUCGACUACGAGGAGCUGGAGAUGGGCGACGUGCUAGGGUCCGGCGGCUUCGGCGAGGUGUACAGGGCCAUGUGGAAGGGCACUGAGGUGGCCGUCAAGGUCAUGGCCUCCGACAAGGCCUCCAAGGAAAUGGAGCGGAACUUCAAGGAGGAGGUAAGGCUGAUGACCGCGUUGCGACAUCCCAACGUGGUGCUGUUCAUGGCGGCGUGCACCAAGGCCCCGCGAAUGUGCAUCGUGAUGGAGUUCAUGUCCCUCGGCUCGCUCUUCGACCUGCUGCACAACGAGCUGGUCGUGGAGAUCCCGAUCGCUCUGAAGGUCAAGGUCGCCUACCAAGCCUCCAAGGGCAUGCAUUUCUUGCAUUCCUCCGGCAUCGUGCAUCGCGACCUCAAGUCCCUCAACCUGCUGCUCGACUCCAAGUGGAACGUCAAGGUGAGCGAUUUUGGCCUGACCAAAUUCAAGGAGGACAUGAAGAAGAGCGACGCCAAGGAGCCGGCGGGCAGCGUGCACUGGGCCGCGCCGGAGAUUCUACAGGAGGCACCCGACAUCGACUUUGUGCUCACCGACGUUUACAGCUUCGGCAUCAUCAUGUGGGAGCUCCUGACCCGCCAGCAGCCCUACUUGGGCAUGAGUCCUGCGUCGGUGGCUGUGUCGGUGCUGCGCGACGGCCUCCGCCCGACUCUGCCCGAGGGCGACGCCGCCGGCCCGCCCGAGUACGUAGAGCUCAUGACCAACUGCUGGAACACCGACCCCACCGUACGGCCCUCGUUCCUCGAGGUCAUGACCCGCCUCAGCUCCAUGGCCGGCGACGCCACGGGCCUCUCCACCUCCUUCACUUCCACCUCGUCCAAGGGCGGCGGCCACAGCAGCGUGUUCGGCUCCUGGUCCCCCAGCACGACCCACAGCAACUCUCUGGGCACCACCAGCAAUUCCCGAUCGAGCGACUCGUCGUCGGCCGAUGCCGACGCCGCGGCCGCGGCAGCGCUGGAGGUGCGGCCGCCCGAGGGCGAGCUGACGAUCGUGUUCACCGACAUCUCACGUGCGGCGUCGCUCUGGGAGUUCGACCCGAUGGCCAUGCGCGACGCCACGGUGCUGCACAACGCCGCGCUGCGCGGCCUGCUCAAGCGCCACCGCGGCUACGAGGUGGUGUUCAUCCGCGACCGCAACUCGGGCGAGGGCUCGUUCUGCAUGGCCUUCCAGCACGCCGCCGACGCGCUCGCCUGGUGCCUCGACGUCCAGCAGGCCCUGAUGCAGGUCGACUGGCCCGACCGCCUGCUCGCCCACCCGGGCGCCGCCGAGGAGUUGGCCGAGAACGGCGCUGAAGGCGGCGGCGUGAUGCUCUACCGCGGGCUGCGGGUGCGGAUGGGCGUGCACUCGGGCACGACGCGCAUGAUACGCGACCCCAUGUCGCGCCGCGUCGAGUACAUCGGACCCACGGUGCACACGGCGGCGCGCAUCACGGCGCUGGCCCACGGCGGCCAGAUCCUGGUGAGCCACGCAACCCAUCGCCAGGUCAUCACGAGCCACGAGGACUCGACUCACCAUAACAUCGCCUGCCUGGGCACCUUUGAGAUGCCCGACUCCCCACAGGGGGCGAAGCUGUACGAACUCAAGGCCGAGGGCCUGGAGGGUCGGUUCUUCGGCGGAGUGACGAAGGGCGAGGGCGAGACCGAGCCCAGCGACCCCGUCGAGGGCGGCGGCGAGAUGCAGACGACGGUGGGGGACGGGAUGGCGUUCAAGGAGGACAACUUCCUAACGUCGGCCAACCUGUGUCGAUGGAUCAUCGACUACAACGAGGUCCAGGUGGGCCAGCAGAUCGGGCUCGGCUCGUACGGGGUGGUGUACAAGGGCAAGUGGAAGGGCGUCGACGUGGCCGUCAAGCGGUUCAUCAAGCAGAAGCUCGACGAGCGACGCAUGCUCGAGUUCCGCGCCGAGAUGGCCUUCCUCUCCGAGCUCCACCACCCCAACAUCGUACUCUUCAUCGGCGCGUGCGUCAAGAAACCCAAUCUGUGCAUCGUCACCGAGUUCGUGAAGCAGGGCAGCCUGAAGGACAUCCUGCUCGACCCCGGCGUCAAGCUGGCGUGGAAGCUCGACGAGCGACGCAUGCUCGAGUUCCGCGCCGAGAUGGCCUUCCUCUCCGAGCUCCACCACCCCCAACCAUCCCUGAAGGACAUCCUGCUCGACCCCGGCGUCAAGCUGGCGUGGGUGCAGAAGCUCAAACUCCUUCGCAGCGCCGUGCUGGGCAUCAACUACCUCCACUCGCUCCACCCCACCAUCGUGCACCGCGAUCUCAAGCCCUCCAAUCUGCUGGUGGACGAGAAUUGGAAUGUGAAGGUGGCCGACUUUGGGUUUGCGCGGAUCAAGGAGGAGAACGCGACGAUGACUCGAUGCGGCACGCCCUGUUGGACGGCGCCGGAGAUCAUCCGCGGCGAGAAGUACGAUGAGCGGGCCGAUGUGUUCUCGUUCGGCGUGAUCAUGUGGGAGGUGCUGACCCGACGCCAGCCCUACGCCGGCCGCAACUUCAUGGGCGUGUCGCUCGACGUGCUCGAGGGCCGCCGACCGCAGAUCCCCCACGACUGCCCGGCCCACUUCUCAAAGGUCGUGCGCAAGUGCUGGCACGCGACUCCCGACAAGCGGCCGCGCAUGGAGGAGGUACUCGCCUACUUCGACCUGCAGAUGGGCGACGACAGCGUUACCAGCCACAGCCCCUGA